GCGGCACAAUCGAGACGAGAUAAUCUCUCUCUUUCUCUUUCUCUCUCUCUCUUUCUCUCACUGUGGAACGAAGCUUUAAACUAUCCCUGUGACCAUCCACCUACACAGUCAGUCCGAUCGUGUACCGAAGAUGGGAGUUGUGAAGACGGCGUCGGAGAGCAUCCUCGAGGAGACCGUGAUGCCGAGCGAGGAAGCGAAUUACUCGCAGCAGGGUUACGCCGAAGAAUGGAGCGAAAACUUUCCCUAUCAGCUUCUAAUAGCGGCAGGGAUAGCCCUGGUUGGUCUUGUUCUCCUGGCAGCGGUGAGCUUCCAAUGCUCUUCCACUUGGCGAUGGAUAAUGAACAUGACUCGACAUGAGAAUGUUGAGGACACAGAGACCGAUCAGAUUCAGCAAAAUGCAAUUCGCAUUAGCCAUUCUCUUCCGGACCUCCAAUCGGAACCAAUUACUCAUGAAUACGUUCAAGAGCAGAAGGAUAAUAAGAAGGUAUUGCGUCAAACCACUUUACCCAUCGUGCCAAUGAGACAUCAAAGUUUCCAACGUCAAUUAUCACACCGGCUUGAUCUGCCUAACAUUAAAUUUAGUAUUUGCAGUUUCGAAAAUCGCAGCGACUCCAGCCUUGGCCUUAUCAAGCCGGAGUUGUAUAAAAAGGAACUUGUGAGACAAGAGAGCGCGGAAAGCUCCAGUACAACAGAAAUGGAAUACGCCGGAAAAUUACAUUUUGCUCUACGCUAUGACAAAGAAAUCGAAGGUCUCGUUGUCAAAGUUCUAGAAGCUCGCGAAUUGCCAAUAAAAGAUGUAACGGGUAGCAGUGAUCCGUAUGUGAAGGUCUACCUGUUGCCGGAUAGGAAGAAGAAGUUUUUAACAAAAGUACAUCGAAAGAAUUUGAACCCAAUAUUCAAUGAAACGUUUAUCUUUAGUGUAUCCUAUGAAGAAUUGAGGGAACGUUACUUACAAUUCUCGGUGUAUGACUUCGAUCGAUUUUCACGUCACGAUCUCAUUGGACAAGUAGUUCUUAAAGGGCUCUUAGAUUGUACUGACCUUGAGCAAGAAAUCGAAUAUACGAUGGACAUUCUCUGCGCUUUGCAGGAGAAAGUCGAUCUGGGAGAAUUGAUGUUGUCGUUGUGCUAUCUACCAACCGCCGGUCGUUUGACAUUAACUGUCGUUAAAGCCAGAAAUUUAAAAGGAAUGGAUAUAACAGGAAAAUCAGAUCCUUAUGUGAAAGUCUAUCUGCUAUGCCAAGGCAAAAGAAUAAAGAAGAAAAAGACAACGGUAAAGAAAAAUACUCUUUAUCCUAUCUACAAUGAAGCACUCGUUUUUGACGUUCCCUCAGAUAACAUCGAGGAUGUCAGUCUUAUAGUGAAAGUAAUUGAUUACGACAGAAUUGGAUCGAAUGAGUUGAUGGGCUGUACCGCGAUUGGAUCGAGCUUUAUUGGAAUAGGCCGUGAUCACUGGUUAGAAAUGCUAGAUAAUCCAAGAAAACCAAUAGCACAAUGGUAUCCAUUAAUGGAAACUGUAGCUGGCCAUAUUCCAGCCGUGGAUUCGGAAUCACUUCCAGUAAGCCUGAGCUGCUUAAACAGGGUUAACAGAUGAAGACAAAAGGCAGAAAAUAAAUACUGCAAGAGCUCGCAAAUAUUGUCGGACGUCGGCUUGGACAUCGUCUCCUUCUGUCGUCAUUUAAUGCACAUCGCUUGACUGACUUAAGUACAACCUCUGUCUCAAAGAAAGGCCGGAAGGCGAACUCUGUGCUUUGCAAUCUUACCUCGUGCAGCAGGCAUGAAAUAAUAAACGAUCCGGCGUAACGAAAAAAAUCAAUCACUCGCGAAACAUAUGUUGCUCAAUUCCGGCGAUUCGAUGGCAAUCGCGACGGAAACGAGAUAAAUUUAUGUUGCUUUAUCUUUCGAGCUGCUGCUCGCGAUAGUGCGGGCUGGUCCCGCAUCGUUUCAAACGCAGGUUAUUGUUGUAUUUACAAUAUCCCCGUAGUAUUCUCUCUUAUCACACGUGAUGUUGAGCAUGACGGUAGUUUAAAUGUUCUAGAUUAACGCGUGAGAUCAGCUAAAGUAAGUUUUUAUAGAAAAUAAGCGUGAGGAUUGUGAGGAGUUUAAGGCCUUAUCCUCGAUAAAGAUGAAACGGACGAAUGCAGAUAACUUUAGAGACGGAUUAUAUUAAUGGCAGAGCAUUCAAUAUAUCAUUGAAUACGAUAGAUGUUUAAGGUAGUACAAAUAGAAUUGAAUCUAUACGUCGUUUAUUAUUUCACGCUCGCUAUCACUUCUGCGCAAAUGUUCUAUUAACGUGAUAUAUGUUU